AUGCAUGACUCGCGCUUUGAAUAUGUCUCGGGCAAUGUCGCCGCGGCCAUUCUUAUUCUGACCAUCCUGAUGCCCGUCCUACGGGUAUUCUACAAUCUCUUUUUUCACCCGCUGCGCAAAUUUCCCGGCCCGCUAUUAUGGCGCGCCUCGAUCAUUCCCAGCAUGAACGCGCUGGCCCGAGGCAAACUGGCUCACGCCGUAGCCGAUCUCCAUGAGCAGUACGGCCAUGUGGUGCGAAUAGCUCCGAACGAGAUCUCGUUCACCGAACCUGAUGCGUGGAAGGAUAUUUGUGGGCACCGUAUCGGCGCGAACAAAGGGAACGAAGAAAUCGGCAAGUAUCAGCUUUUCUACCGAUGUCUAACAAAGCCGACAAACAUCAUCAACGCCUUGAAGCACGAGCACGCCCCAUUGCGCCGCCAGCUGGCGCAUGGUUUCUCAGAUCGCAUCAUGCGCGCACAAGAACCUGACAUGAAGAAAUACAUCGAUCUUCUCAUACGGCGACUGCAUGAGAAAGGCACGGAUCCUAUCACCGGACAACUUAUCCCCCUGGAUAUGGCCUCAUGGUACAACUACACCACAUUCGACAUUAUAGGAGACCUAGCGUUCGGCGAGUCAUUCGACUGUCUCCAGGACUCCAGCUAUCAUCCAUGGGUCAAGAUCAUCUUUGAAAGCCUCCGCGAGGUCGCGUAUAUCCGAGCCCUCACUUUGACUGGACUGGGAGUAAUCGCGGAGUGGGCGCUCGCUAUGGUAGGGAAGGCCCGAGCAGAUAAUAUGGAACUUGUGACCCAGAAAGUUCUCAGGCGCAUGGAGACGAGAUCUGACAGGGAUGACCUUGUCGCAGGCCUUCUGAAGAAAAAAGAUGAAAUGGGUCUCACAAUGGACGAGCUCACAAGCAACUGCUUCAUAUUGAUCGGAGCGGGUUCAGAAACAACGGCCACCUCGUUGUCUGGCACAACGUACUUCCUCUUAACCAAUCCGGAAGCCCUGCGGAAGGUCACCGAAGAAGUCCGCUCGAGAUUCCACAAUGAGGACGAGAUCACUCUGACAUCGGUGGCUGACCUCCACUACAUGCUGGCGUGUAUCAAUGAGAGUCUGCGACGCUAUCCUCCUGUUCCGAGCGGAAUGCCACGCCUGGUCCCUCAAGGAGGCGCAACUAUCGCCGGGCACUAUUUGCCGGAGAAUACUAUUACUGCUAUCCCCCAGUUUGCCAUGAACCAUAGUAAGCAGCACUUCACCGAUCCUUGGGAAUACCGACCAGAGAGGUACCUGGGCGAUCCCAAGUACGCCAAUGAUAAAUUGGAUGUUGUGCAACCCUUCUCGUUUGGACCAAGGAACUGUAUUGGACGAAACCUCGCGAUCUCUGAGAUGCGUCUUAUUCUCGCUCGUGUUCUCUUCAACUUCGAUUUGUUACCGGGUGAUGGUCUCGAUAAGUGGUAUCAUGGGCAGCUAGUUUACUCCAUUUGGGACAAGGCUUCACUGCAGGUGUACAUGAAGCCAGUACAGCGCUAA